AUAAAUUUCUUUUGUUUUUGCACUUACAUAUUUAUAAAUUAUCACAAAAAAUAUUUAAAAAAAUGAAGGCAGGACAAACAGUCUAUAUUGUGGCACCCGAUUACGCACUCAUUUAUUUUCACCCGAUUUUCGUGGUUGUGUUUUGGGUGAAGGAAACCUCUAGUCCUGCACGUGACGUCAUCAAUGGCUUUCUCUGCAUUUUUCUCAGCGCCCAUAAGCUCUAGUUGCGCCGGACCUGCCAAGCUCUUCAUCAACCCAUGCUUCAACUUUCCUCCUUCCGUUGCGUUUCUCUCUUCAAACCCGCCGCCUUUCCAUAAAGCCGCCUUUCUCCCGUCCUCCAGAUUCUCCUCGCCUCUUCUCAAGUCCAGAUUCUCUGCAAAUAUCUACUCAAGAGCUGCCACCGAGAAGAGUGUUCAUGAUUUCACGGUCAAGGAUGUAGAAGGGACAGAUGUUUCACUAAGUAAAUUUAAGGGAAAGGUUCUGUUGAUUGUAAAUGUUGCUUCGAAAUGUGGCUUAACAAGUUCUAACUACUCAGAACUCUCUCAUCUAUAUGAAAAGUACAAAUCUCAAGGAUUCGAAAUUCUUGCUUUCCCAUGUAAUCAAUUUGGGGGGCAAGAACCAGGAUCCAAUGAGGAGAUAAAACAGUUUGCUUGCACACGGUUCAAAGCUGAAUUUCCUAUUUUUGACAAAGUUGAUGUGAAUGGGCCAAACACAGCACCAGUUUACAAUUUCCUAAAAUCAAGUGCUGGAGGAUUCUUAGGGGGUUUCAUCAAAUGGAACUUUGAGAAGUUCCUUGUGGACAAAAACGGAAAAGUAGUGGAAAGAUAUGCACCAACAACUUCUCCUUUUCAAAUAGAGAAGGAUAUUCAGAAACUGUUGGAUGCAUAGGCAGCUUCCGUGCUCUGUACACAAGCCUCAAGGGACAAACAAUGCCGAAGAGAAUCAGCUUGAAGUAUCAAUGGUGUCAUGUUUUCUAUGUAUAGGAACAGAUAUAGCCUUGCAAGGGUGCUGAUUUUAUGUACUAUUAAAAAACUUUUUAUGUUCAAUGUCUUUUGCAAAUUUAGAUGGAAGGCAUUAAUAAGAUUUGCAGGGCAAGGCAGCUUUGAUACUUUUCAGCUUAUGUUGAUGUAUUUCGCCAGAGUACUUGCAUCAUUCAUUCCAAACCGAAAGGGAAGAGUGUUUAUUGUACUGUGUUUGUUGUACAUCUUGUACAUAUGCCCAUUUACAAGUAAAAAUAAUCACUCAUUUGCGUUCAUUUAUUUCUUUGCAUAUACAUAAAAUACUUACAUUAUA